GGGUAGUUACCAUAUUUAAACAAGAGGAAUUACCGGGGAAACAGGAGAAUUAGUGGGGAAAAUAGAGGGGGAUUUUGAACAAGUGGAGAAGGCUGCUGUGGACUCUACACGCAGGAGAACUCAGCAUAUACUUUGCAAUUUUCAUUCAUACAGAAAGAAACAGACAUAACAUUUAGAUUUUUACAACGGAACCUUUUACAUUUUGCCAUUUACCUGUGAACUCCAGGGAAGCAGUUAAUUUGGAAAGAGAAAACGAAUUGCAUAUCCAAUAUUGCAUUACUGUUCAUACUCCUAUAACAGAAACUUUUCAAAUUGCAUCAUGCUAUGUUUCAUGUCAUACUGUUUGUACCUUUGGCUUGUCUUUCUACCUGUUUGGACAAGAAUCAUAACUGAGGACAUAGAAGUAUUGGUGAUGUUGCCAAAAAAUAAUUCCCACAUUUUCUCUAUUCCAAGAGUAACUCCAGCAAUUGAAUAUGCAAGGCAGAGACUGAAAAUCGCCGGAGGGCAGUAUUCUGGACUUAAUUUUAAUAUUCACUAUGAAAACUCUGAUUGUGGCAAUGAGGCUAUAUUUACGCUCGUGGAUCGGUCGUGCGAGAAAAAGCCGGACUUGAUUCUCGGUCCCGUUUGCGAGUAUGCCGCCGCGCCGGUGAUAAGGAUGGCAUCUCAUUGGAACAUUCCCGUGAUUACAGCCGGCGCGCUAGCCACCGGCUUCAGCAAUAAGACCAAAGAAUACUCACACUUGACCCGAGUUUCCCCUUCGUACCUGAAAAUGGCAGAAACGUUCUCCGCAAUGUUCCACCACUUCAACUGGAAAGACGCCCUUCUAAUAUUCGAAGAAGAACAAAUGGAGCGAAAUUGUUUCUUCACCAUGGAAGGGGUGCACAGUGUCCUGAUGAUGGAGGGGUACAACAUAAAUACCUUCAUUUUCUCUAAAGAAGAGCGCUUAUACACAGACGAGAUCAUCAAAUUAAUCUACGAGAGCGAAGUUGUGAUCCUGUGUGCUGGAGCAGACCACGUCAGAGACAUCAUGCUGGCUGCCCAUCGACGGAGGCUGACCAACGGGAGUUACAUCUUCUUCAACAUUGAGCUCUUCAACUCCACAUCGUACGGCAACGGGUCCUGGAAGCGCGGAGACAAGAAUGAUAAGGAGGCCCUGCAGGCGUACGGAGCUCUGAACACCGUCACCCUGCUGCGCAGCGUCAAACCCGAGUUCGAGAACUUCUCCGUGGAAGUCAAGAGGUCCAUCCAGAAAUCCGGCUUCCACGACUGCAAGGACUGUGACGAUGUACGUACAAUCAACAUGUUUGUGGAGGGUUUCCAUGACGCCCUGCUGCUGUAUGCCAUUGCGCUGCACGAGGCCAUGAGGAACGGCUCCAGCAAGAAAGAAGGGGCGGAGAUCACCACCCGCAUGUGGAACCGGAAGUUCGAAGGAAUCGCAGGCCAGGUGUCCAUCGAUGCCAACGGGGACCGGGAUGGAGACUUCUCAGUGAUGACCAUGACGAACAGGGAGGCCGGCACGUACGAGGUGGUGUGUAACUUCCUUGGCAUAAACGGAAGCUUCCAGAUGAUGCCUGCGUUCAACAGCGAACAUUUCACCCUGAAAGGACGUCACCAAACCCCCCACACAGACCUGCCAGACCAAUCAUCAGGCGGACUGGGGGUUUCGGCCAUGGCUGGGAUCAUCGUGGGAGCCCUCCUCGGAACUGCCCUGCUCCUGGCAUACUACUUCUUCAGGAAGAACUACAGGAUAACCAUCGAGCGCCGAGCGCGCAGGGAGGAGUGUGACAUCGGCAAGCACCGUCAGCUACGAGAAGACUCCAUCAGAUCAAAUUUCUCCGCAGCGUAGACCACCAUUUGCUCCUCACCUUCGCUCCAGCGAAGCACGUGUUGGAAUGUCACCAAAGACUAUUUAGAGGCUGUCAAAAGGAGUCCUUUUAUUUAAAAGAUACCAUAGUUUUAAUGUUUUUUUUUUUUCUUUGCUUUUUUUUUUCUUAAGAUCGUCUUUUUAUUUUUUAUUUUUUUGACUUUCAUAAACUCAGGAAAGUUGCAUCAAUCACACAGCACCACUUUGCAUUGCAUUUAAUCUCUGUUAAAAGUCAAAGGUGUGUUACCUUCCUAAUAGUCACAAACUCGCAAUAUUCUGGUUCAGAGAUAAAUGUAUAAUGAGUAUUUGACCUGUGUAUGAGGUGUUUAAAGGUUUGGUUCGUACAAUUCAUUGGUUCAGUUGGUUACUAGACGUUCUCUAAAGCCAGGUUGUCAGACAGACAAAGAAUUGCACUCAAAGUUACAACUAAUGUUCCUUGAUUGAGAACCCUGUGAUGUGCUUGAGCCACAGUACUAGAGCACACAUGACAUGCAGAGUUUAAAUAAGGAUCUUUUGAAAAGCCUUCAGCAGGUUUGUAACCUCAGCAUGACUCACUCCUGCAGUCCUAGCUUCACACAGUCUGCACUGUUGCAGUGACACUACGGGCCCUGGACAGUCACAUGUUUGAUAUUUUGGUUCUGUUUCCCAGCACUUUAGCAUUUUAAACGAUUAAACGUGUAACAAUGGCUAUGAGCCUAAAAUGCUAAAGGGUUUAAUCAUCCAAAUCAUCAGAUGAACAGCACUUUUUAGACAUAAUCCCUUCAUUUCAGGGCCAAUCGUCUGUUCCAGGAGUUUGUGUUGUUAGGUCAUGAUCACGUCUUCGUUCUAGCUUUCACUUUUGUCUUUGGAGUUAAAAAAUAUGAGACAGACAGCAGUGUCGAUGCAAAUCAACCUGACCAUCACAAGGCCCAAAAUGAAACACUAAAUUAAUCAGUGACAUUGCUGGGCAAGCCAAAAAAACAGUUUGGUUUAUCAUUAACGAGAGAACAGUACCGGUGAGCUCAACUGUGGAAAAGAACUCUCUAGACCAAGUAAGACUAUGUUAGCCAAUGGCCAACGAAUGUUGUCCGUUGUGAAAAAAAGUCUGGGAACAGCCAAACAGAUCAGAAAUACUCUUCUUGAAGAAGAAUGCAACAGUGCAAACCUACUACUGAGAAUUAUUAACAACAACAUAAACCCCAGAAAUAAAACAGGGAACAUGGAGACCAGAUUGUAAGAGCUGUGGACAUGAGACAGAUGAAGUGGGUGAAUGAGCAAAGUAAGGAGAACAGGAUAUCCUCACUACCAUCUUAGCUGGGAAACGCGCGGGAGACGAGUUCUGGCACGCCUGGCCACUACUGGAGCUCUUUCCCUUGUUAUCGAUUAUGUGAAGGCAAAAGAAGGAGGGAUUAUGAAGUUAACUAGAUUUGUGUUUUGCUCAGUCACAAGCCUCACAAUAUACUGGAUCACAGAUCUCUGCAGAGAAUAAGCAGUUUGAGGAUAACUUUGUUGUACAUAAUGCUGAACCAUCCAAGGACUUUCUGUGCCCUAAAAUGCCAUAAAUGAUUGAUCCAAUGUUUCAGAAAAUACCCACGUUUAAUAAUGAUAGUGUGCACGCUGCACUUUAACCCUGUUGAACUCAGAAGUGCGAGAACACAAAACCAAAAUAACAAAACCUGAAAACUUCACUGUUCAUCACAGAUGGUGCUCACAGUAGCUUCAAAGUAUUCCGGUGUUUAAACAACGUACGUGAGCACAUGCUAAGCUGUGUUUAAUCAAAGAGUUGUCAAGGAAGUUCUGAAGAUUUGCACCAGAUUACUAAUUAUAAUGAGAGAUUUCUAAGGAAAAUCACACAUUCUGUCUACAAUGUAAAUAUGCACAGGAUAUAAAGGACAUUUUCACUUAGUGCACUUAGACACUAAGUAGUCAUGGACAGAUAACUCUCUAUAUAUCUCACCAAGAGUUUUUCAGUGCUCUUAGUCAUUUGACAAAGUUCAAUGUAGGGACACUAUAGAAUACUGUGGAGGAAUCCACCUAGUAUGUGUAAAUUAGAGUUAUAUUUAUGUAUUUUAGUACAAUAAAGGAUAAUUAUUUUGUACAUAGUUGAUAGAGAACACCUUACCUACUAACAGUACAGUAUUAGGCAAAUGUUUGUGUAAACCUGUAAUAUGCCACGCUCAUCCAUCGUGUUGAUAAUUUGGUCUUAUGCACAGCAGUAUCUCAUUAUAACACGCUGUAGAUACAUUGAAUUGUUUUUCAAUUUCUUAAACUCUGUUUUGAGUCUGCCCUUUCAUAACUCUCCACUAUUCUCCCUGGUUUCUAAGCAACAACAAUGUGUGAUGAAUUCAUUUGAAAUGCAUAACCUGCUUGUCUCCCCUUAAACAUUACUUGUCAAUUGUAGUGCAUUCAUAUCUGAAAUAUGGAUCUAAGAUAGUGACACAAACAAGAAUAAAGCGUUCAGUGCUUUUAUUAACUUAUUUUGGCAUUGAAAGAAAAAUUAUGUGGUAAGAAAAUGUUUAUGGAAAGUAAACUUUCUGGAUUGAUUUAACCAUGUGUGUUAUUCCAGGUUUAUCUUUUUACGGUAUUGUUAUUAUUAUUAAUCUAACUUGGACAUUUCCUGCGUAUGUUUCACGACACUAGCGAUCGCAUCCGAUGAGAAAUACUUUUUGUUAAUGUUGUCAGUUGGGGAACAAAAAUGGUUUAAAAGCUUGCUGGUGUUCCUGGCUCAGUAACCUGGCAGGGCCCACUGUGUUCAACACAAAGCCUCAUGUACUCAUUACAAUGUAUUCAGAGGUAUCUGGCAUGGUAGUGGUGAAUGUGAGCACCAGCUACUUGUCUGAAGAGACAAGCUGGGGCAGCAGGACACGACCCUCUCUGUGGCCCACAUACAUCAGCCUGCCUAUAUGCCAGUUUGAAAAGCAUUCCUUGGGUCAAAAACGUAUAUAUAUAUAUAUUUUUUUGCUACUCUCAAGCAGCACGUCCCCUUAAUAAUGUUUUGCGAUCUCAAUUUGUUGUGGGCAAAAAUGUUGUUGCAAAAAAUGCAUAUGCAAGUUCAUAGUAUUUCUGGAAUAUAUAUGAGAAUAAGGAACCUUUUUUCGUUUCUUUUUUGCUGGUAUCUCAACCUUUAACCACUCGUGAUACAAGACCACAUUUUCACAUGAUCAGUUUGUAUGAUUUGAAAAUCUCAAUGGAGCUAGUGAUAGGGUUAAAAUGUGCUGAUGUAACUGCACAUACAAUUAUCUGCAUAUAAUGUGAUGUUAUUUAUUGAUACCAUUUUGUGGAAAUGUAAAAUUAGAGUGUUCAUCCAACCC